AUGGGCCCUGCGACAGGCGAGGGGUGGAGGUGGGGAGGGGGAGCAGCGUCGCGCGGCGUUGGGCCUCCUGCCGUGCGGCAGAGAGGGCGGACGCAUGAGGGACAACGUUUGUGCGUUGCGCGAAUUGGGUUAGCGAGACCGCUCUGCGCGGAUGCAUGUGGGGCUGCAUUACUGUGUGUCGUCUCCGCUCCUCUUUUGUCUUUCUGCGGGUGCCAACUUCCCCACCGCCCUCUUCAAAACGUGCCUGCACGUGCGCAUGUGUGCGAGAGCGCACACGCACAGAACAGCAGAGCAGUCGUCAUGGAAGCUCCAAAUUACGGCCGUACAGGACUGCUGACCUCCCGUCGCGGUGGUCUGCCCGUGACACGCCCCCGCCUGCUGUUGCCGGGGAGCUCGGCCGCAUCCCGCCCGGUCAAGUGGUAUCCUUCUCUCCUCACCAUACCACAGCAACUACUGGAUGCGCUGCGCCGCGAAGACGACGCCGAAGGUGCGGAUGGUAACGUGCCCGGGACAACGACGUCGUAUUCCUCGGACCCCACACUGAUCACUUACUUGCGCGUAGCCACCAUCGCCGAGUGCCUGGUGCAGUGGUGGCGCCGCUGGGCGGCAGCAGCGGCAUCGAAAAGGACUACUGAAGCACUUGCCCCCACAGGCCCAUCGCACGAGCAGCUCUCUGCCCUCUACACAGGGAUACUGCAGUGGCAUCGGGACGAGCUCGUCAGCGGUAAAACGGUACCAUCUUCAGCGCUGGCGCACGGCUCGUCGUCCUCGAGUACCUUCUUCAUCCCCGCCUACAAGCUGCUGGCCAUGAAGCACGACAGAAAGGUGGCGGAGUACGCCAACAUCACCUGGCGCUCGGUGUGGCUGCUGGGGAAGGAUCCAGAUGUGAAUGAUGUGCCGCUCGAACACCCCUCUUGCUCUGGCCAGCACGCCUCAAUGGAGAUGCGGUUUGUCUUGGCGGACGAGGCUGCUCUUGACGCCUACGUAACGGAAAAGGUGAAGACAAUGUCGCCUGACGCACCGAUGCUGCCUUCAUCGGGAGCGGAUGUGCCUCCGUUUGCACAGAGCAAGCAGGCUCUGCGAUCCUUCUGCACUGGCAUGUGGGCAAUGUUGGAGGAGGCCUUGACCUCUGCCGGCGGCGACGCGUCUGUUGUGUGGACGGCCGAGUUACAGCUGAUUGAUCUGGGGUCCACUAACCACACAAAGCUGAAUGGCGAGGUGGUGCCGGCAAUGGAGGCGACGACGGUGAUUGACUCGGAUGUGUUGGAGUUUGGCUGCUCAACGCGCAAGUACGUGGUGAUGCGUAGUGCGUAG